CAAUGACUACAGGCAGCUCCAGUCUUGACUCUGUCAGUGAUGAAGAGAGCCUGCGUCGGCAUCGUCACAGCAUCCCAGGCCAUCUCAGCUCCUAUCUCAGCUUUCUAACAAGUCUGCAACAGAAAGCUGCAGCUAUUGUGACACCUGCAGUCCCUGUCUUCUCCACUGCUGUUAUAUCAGGGUCUACUUCCUCUCCUGACCUUCGAGAUAAUUUCACAGGUCUCUCCUUUUCAUCCAAACAUUACAGGGAGCGAAGGACCUGGAUUCAAAGAGUAGAUCCAACAUUCACAGCUCUACUGUUCCGAGGUAUAACAGCUUCAAUGGUUUGGGACAGUAAUUUGAAUCUAGCAGUUGUGCACGCAAAGGUCUAA